AUGACUUCAGUUGUAGCUUACGAUCCUAAUGAAGAUGAUGACGAUAUGAUAGAUAACAAUCCGUUUGCGAGGUCGAUACUCGAGAACCAGCCGUCAAUAGGGGAGACGCCGCCACAGGAAGAAAACGAGAGUGAAGAACGGAGAGAAAACAGUCACAAUGAAGCUGAACAGGAACAACAGGUCCUAAGAGAUGCCAGCUUGGAUCCCAAUGACGACAAUCAACAGGAGGAAGAGGAGAGCUUCAGAAUCCUCCCUGAGCGUAGACCCUCCAAAUACACAUUGCUGGUGAAGAUUAAGGGAAUGGAACGAAUCGGAUCGACCAGCAACAAGAAGGAAAACCCAACACUGAUCAUGGAUGUACAAACCAAUUUGCCAACAUUUAGAAAGCAGAAUCAUAAGAAUAUACGCAAGACGCCUGACGAAUUUCAGCAGCUUUUCAAAUAUCUCAAUGGAGCUAUUCAAGAAUCUUUUAUUCCGUCAGUUCCACGAUCUUUCACCAAUUACGGUAUAAACAGUAAUGAAGAUUACGAAAAAACGAUUAAAAACUUUCAGGAAUGGUUUAAUAGAAUUUGUGAGGACCCGUUGAUUUUAAGAAACGAGGAAGUUGCAUUUUUCAUUGAAAGUGAUUUUAACACCUACUCGCCAAUAAAUAAAUCAAAAUUGCCCGCAACUGGGUUGAAAAGGAAAACUCUGAAACAGCUAGCACCUCCAUACGAUGAAACGGUUGAAUUGGCAGAAUUUAGGCCGUUGGUUAAAUCUAUUUACUGGCGUUGCCAGGAUAUUGAUUCAAAAUUGUCAAAAGUAAGUAGAAGCAAAAAAAUACUGUCACAAGAAGAAAACUCCUUCGGUCAAGGCUUUGUCAAUAUGGAUGACCAGGGUCAAAGUCAUUUGUAUAAAAAAUUUGGCAAAAUUCUAAUUGCUGUUGGUGACAUAGAUAGUGUUAUUGCAACACUGGAUAUCGCCACGUUACACGAUGCUCUCGAAUGGAUCGUGAAGGAUUCAUAUGUUGUCAAAGAGGCGUUGACCAACCGGCAUUUGAUCAUGAGAGAGCUAAUGCAAGCACAACAAAUUUUGAGAACUAGACAAGACCAAGCAAGAAAACUGAGAGCCAAGAGGGACAUCAAUCCUUUGAAAGUUGAUGAAGCACUUCGUCAUCUGAAAACUUCAACAAUGGAUGAACAGCUUUUGACCAAUAAGUUGAAAAGAGUCACAAUGAACAUGCUUAUAGAACGUCAAACAUGGUUAGAAUGGUACGAAAACAAAAUGUCCAAUUCCAUCAAAGAAUAUGCACUGCGCAAGAUAGAAUAUGAGCGCAAAAAAUUAACCUUACUGGAAAGAAUAAGAUCUGAUGUAAGAAGAGCUGAUACAAAUGGUGGUCUUUCGCGACUGGGGCGUGAAGGACGUGUUUCCGGUAAUGAUGCCAUGACCACAGAUAUAAUAUCCCAAAGCGUUGAUGGCGACGACUGGACUGGCGAAGCUCGUCGUCGCUCAACAAGCCAAAUGGAUAAACUGGCACAUACGGAGUUCGAUAAGGCGCUAACUAUCGAGGCAGGUGCUGCCACUUUUUCAGAAACACAAAGCUCUUCGCCUUUUGAUACAAAUGAAACUGCAAGAGCUUCUGAAUCUACGUCACUUGAUGCUCGCAGUGCCGCUACAAUGCUUGGCUUACCAACUUUCUAA